AUGACUUCGGUGAACUUAGAGGAAGCUGCAAAUCACCUCGCACGUUCACAGUCAACCGCCAAAAUGACAAUGGCGGACGAUGCGACCCGCGGUUGCCAUCGCACACUGCCCAGACCCAGCCGGGAUCGUGCUCCGGUAGAACAACACGGACGAUCGGAUCAGCGUACGAUCGGUGAUCCAAACUAUUGCACGUUGCGAACAAGUCAACCAGCAAUGGGUUCCGUGGGUGGGAGGUUACCAAAAUCCCCAGUGGCGGUGGGUGAAACCCGACAGGAGGAUCCAACCGAAUCCACCCGGAGUUUGCUGUACGAACAGAACAUGUGCACGUUCGAGAACUUCUGCGAAAGGCGCAACAGCGAGCACCGGCUGGAACGGGCGGAAUCAGGCGAAGGCGCCACCCAGGAUGGGCUGGGGAACUUCUGCACUCUACGAAAGGUCCGCCGGAAUAGGGCAGGUUCAGGUGUAAAGGUGCAACAUCCCGGUGAGGACCGAACCCGGUGGGAUGAUCAACCUGGGGCAUAUUACUGCACGCUCAAGCGGAAGAAAUUGCAACUGAACCGGAAGUUUGUGGAGAGCUUUUUAGAAGAUCCGAACGCGAAAGUGGUCGAUUAUCUGUCGGAGUUGGACGCGUACCUGGACGAGAUGGACGGUGUAGAUGAUGCGUACGAUGAGGUGCAAAGUGAGUGUGACAGUGAAGAACACAGUCGGACCGGUUCGGAAUCGCACACGGACGAACCAUCGCCGGAAAUGUGUCAGGACGCGAGCGGUGAGAUUGAGCGUGAUCGCAUACAGUAUUAUCUGCCCUCUGAGGAGGAUCGGGAUGCGCAUGCUGCCUAUCAGCAGGAUCGCAUCCGGUUUGGGGACAUAAAGCACUUCUGCACGUUGCCAAAGCAGAAGCGCACCCAGUUCCUGAAUGCGUUCAAGCGUGGGGCUUCCCUGCGCAGGACAGUAGUGGGGCAACCGAGGCUAGAUAGGACGGCAACGAGAAUCGAAUGUGAAGAUGGCCAGCACGAGGAUCAGGACAUCGACGGUGAGUGCUCAUCCGUUGCUCUACCCCGAUACGGUCAAUCAAGGCAUGACGGCGUUACACAUCAUCAACCACAGCCUCAUCCCAGCUGGCAUCGGCAUUCGAUGCGCAAAAAGCACCUGAUCGAGCUUCCCGAGCAGGAGAUCAUUGAACAUGGCCGUUUCUCUCCGGAGCCUGCCGAGUUUGCCGACCGAAAUGAGGCGCUUCUCGAGACCACGGAGUACAACUCCCUCAGUACGCUACCGAUGGGUGAAGUUCCGGCCCUUGUCGUCGCAUUGCCUCCUUCCCCGGUACCCUCCACCGAGCGAUACGGACAGGAACAGAUCGUUGCCUCAGCUCCACCUGCAUCGUGUACACCUUCGCCGGUUCCAGUACCGCUCGAAACCGAUUUAGAUGUUCCCGAUCCGAUGGCGGCUCAAGUGGUGAUACAGGAAAGACCCCGACAGGUAGGACGACGGGCGCAGUCCCAACCCAGGAUUGGUUCGAUUACAGUUGUACGGGAUGCGGCCACCAACGAGCUGGUUAUACACACGAACAGCGUCCCUGAGCCACCGACAGCUCCACCAUUUGAGGGACUCGGAUCCCAGGAGGAUCGACAAGGACAUCAACACCAGUAUGGCCACCAUCGGCGGUACGGAGGCGAGUCCGAGGGCAGCUCGAUUGGUAGCUCUCGAAAUCCCAGUCCGGUGUCGCUGCUAUCAACUACAACCACCUACAGCUCGAUAACGUCAGCUCCUGAUAAUGCGAACGACAGGACUCGCCGACAAGUGGAAUCUUCACGCGAAGGUGCAGAGGACACUGGAGCAUCAUCUGUAGUCCGUUUGCAAGAGACCGGCGCUCGGGAGGAAAUCGCAACCGUUGCUAGCUCUGCUCCAUCCGUCGGUUCAUCACUCAGUGGUCGAAGACUUCGUGGUACGUUCGAACGGCAACGGCGCAACACCGGCACCAGCACGCAAGCUGAGGUCGUUUCGCCCGAGGAACAACGGGCCAGUGGUCAGGACGAGCGUGGUACCAACGUGGAGGACCCGGAAUCGGACCCGGAACCUGGACCCCGGCGCAGUAGUCGACGUAGCGAUGGCCGACCGAAAGCUCGCUGGCCGCACGCCAUCUCGCGGUCGCUAGCGACAACUUUCUGCACGCUCGGCCUUUACAACAUCUCGCGGUUUGCCGUUUUCAGCGUACACUUUGGGGCGAAUUUCGUCGUGCAGUUCCUGCUCUUUUCGCUCCUGUUCGGCAUACCGAUGCUCUGGUUGCAGAUGGUGCUUGGUGCCCGGAUUCGAGGCGGUCCGGUUACGAUGUGGCGCAUUAGCCCAAUCUGUAAGGGCAUCGGUAUCGCGCUGCUACUCGCCCAAGCCUUAGUGGCGCUUUACUCGGCCAUUUCGCUUGCCUGGGUCCUGGUGUACUUCCGGGAUGCUUUCAUCAUGCGCAACGAAAAGUACCGUUGGCAGGAACCGUUCGAGGUGUACCGAGGUGGUGGCAACGAUAAUCAAUCCUUCCGGUUGCCGGAUACCGUGGCGGAUUACUUCAACGGAGUGGUGCUACAACGCUACCACCUAGCACACCAGGUGACACCGUCCCCGGGUGGAUACGGAGGUCGAAGUCUGCCUACGCCACAAGCCACCCGAGUGAGUGGCAUCGGAGCUAUACGCUUUCAGCUCGCAUUCAACAUGGCGAUCUUGUGGACGCUCGUGUUUGUGGCCCUCUGCCGGGGUAUACGUUCACUAGGAAAACUCGUUGUGGGGCUGUUUCUCUGUGCGUUCGUCGCGCUUGCCGCCGUGUGUGCCAAGUUCCUGACGUUUAUCAACUACGACAGUGUGCAGAACAUCUUUCCGGCCACCGAUUGGCAGGACUUUUUCCUCAACUCACGCAGCUGGACCAGCGCGGCACAGGAGACCUUCCUGACGUGGGGUUUGCUCGGGAUCUCGAUCUACGCGAUCAACUGUCGCAGUAGCAGGAAGGGUAGCUUCAACGUACGCACACGCCGCGAACUUCGUCGUGACGCAUUCUUGGUGCCACUGUUCACGGUGGUCACACUACUGCUGGCGGCCGUGCUCGGAAGUGCCUGUGUGCAGAUCCUGAACAGUCGAGGCUACUACUAUUUCCCCGGAUCUUACGAAAACCUCGGCACAAAUGUGUUCCUGCGUCCCGCGAACCAACCGCUACCACCCCAACACGCCACCAUGCCAAAUCGAUGGCUCAUCCGGUACUCCACCGUGACGGGUGAAAGCUUCAAGCGCUCGUACGUUGAUCCGAGCCGCGAAUCCGGUUUCCAGGCGUUACGGCUCGUCACGGAGUUGCUACCGGCGGCUCUGGCAGCUGCCACGCCAGAUCACAUCCAGCCGGUUUGGGGACUGCUCGGCUAUCUGGCCCUCGUGCUGUUUGGGUUGGGACAACUGUGCGUGAUGUGGAAACCGGUAGCCGGCGCGAUUGGUGACGCACCGUCCUCGAUCCUGCUUAGCUGCGUUUCCGGAUUGCUGCUCGGGAUGCCCCUGGCAACUGAGGGCGGCAUCAGCAUCGUGCACUACCUCGACACCAUUCUCGGUGCGGCCUGGUGGGUUCUGUUGCUAUGGAUCGGUCACAUCCUGGCGCUGUUCCUCGUCCGCGGUCGUCCUUUCACAAGCGACAUUCUAGUCAACGAUCUGCAGGUGUUGCAGUCGUUCUCGGCGUUCGUGGCAUUCGCGUGGAACUUCCUGUUGCCGAUCGGGCUCAUCUUCAUGUGCAUCAUCCAGUACCGACUGUCAAACAGCGCCGCACUUUUCAAUUGGUCGUCGGCGGUACCGCCCGGUGGAACGACCGGGGCGAACAACUACUGGCCACUGUGGGCUCGCCAGGUUGGUGGCUUCGUGCAGGUGAGCUUCCUGCUGCUCGUACCGAUCGUGAUGGUGGUCCAAAUCUAUCGCUACCUUUGUCGUGGUCCACCGGACAUCCUUGACCGUGUGGAUUUGUUACUGCGACCGCCGGUAGAUGGCGACACCGGCAAUUCUAUUCGUGCGAUGCAAUCCCGCCGUGCUCCUGUGUCCAUGUCGCUGCAGCAGGGUGCUUCCGGUGACGGAACAUCCGGUAGGGACGGUUCCGAUCCGACGAUUUCACUCUCGCUGGAUGGGCGGACCCCGCGGGAUGCGGAUGAUGCUCCACCCAAAUAUACACCGCCACCGUCCUACACCACCGCAACCGGAGCACGCAUUGCCAAGCUGCUACGCAACAGCAUCCGGCGCAGCGUACGCCGGUUGAUGGGUGAAUCGAGUGGUGGAGGGGCCACAUUUGUCCGGCAUCGUUCCGCACUACCCCAAACGAUGGCCACCGAGGACGGGAUGUCAGCGAAUCCCGCCACAGGCGAUGAACUACCCCCACCCGAUUACUGCUCUGCUCUGCAGCAGUACGGUGGUCCACCACCGGGUGUUACCGAAGCUCCUGAUCUAGCUCCCAACGCUCCACGUGUCCUGUACAACUCGGCCACCCUUGGUAGUGGCCGGCGUUAUCGAUCCUUGAACGCGGCCAGUGAUUCAACGCAACAACCGGCACCCUUCACGGCAUCCGACGUCCGGCAGGUUCUGCGGCCGGGUGUCAACCAACCGGUGACACUGAACGGCAGCACCCCGGCAUCAGGAUUCACGCAAACCCUUCGCAACACGCUGCUCCGGCGGGGACACUCGAUGGAGAACUUGGUGCUGGCGGCCGCACCCCUUGGGGACUCGAGCAUCAUCACGCUGAACGGUGAAGAGGACGAUGAAAGCUACUUCGACGAUGGUGCCGGUUCCGGAACCGGUGUAGCGACCGGACGCGAUUCUGUGAUAUAAGCCGGGCGUAGUGGCCGAACCCACGCCGAGGAAUGGGGAAAAUCGCAAAACAGAAUCACACACAGGAGAUUGUAAACUGUUGCCCUAUAGAGCGAAAGCGCAAUAGCACGUAAGCGUAUAAUGGUAUAAGGAUGCAUCACAGUCCUUACGAGGACAUUCUGCGCCUUGAGCACAUCGCGAGGCGCACACGUGUCGAGUAGAGCUACUUUGAACGAUUUCCGCUAUGCAAAAGUGCACUUAAUUCCGUUUUGCAGGCUGCAUCUAGGUUUAGCGUUACAGUUGUAGGCGCCCGCUUUAAGAGACGCUUGUGGGGAGCUUUGCUCUCAAAUAAAACGUUUAUUUAUUUGUUUUCUCAGCAACCGGUCCCGGAUUGUGUGCGUUUGUUAUUGAUGAAACACAAGGCAAUCACAAGGCAACUCAAAAGUAGCGUGUAUGGGAUUGGUUGGUAAGAAAACUUAAGCAUUUUAUUAUAUAUGUUUAUUUAAAGUAAAACGACCGUGUCGUAUUGCAAGUCAUUAAAAAGUAUGU